UUGUAUAUUUUUUUUGUAGCAAAGCUGUAUCAUUAUUUUUAUUUUUGAAACAAAAGUAAUACUAAUAAUUAUAGGUGAACAAGAGAGGGCAAUAUUCUGUACUUCCAUUUCUUCUUCACAUCCAAAUACUGAUCUGAUCCAAAAGAAUCAAAGGUUUUUCCUGGGAUUCUUUAACAAGAGAGAAUUACAGAAAUGGGUCGUGGAGUCAGCUAUGGAGGAGGGCAAAGUUCACUGGGAUACUUAUUUGGAAACGGUGAGGCGCCAAAACCAACCACGGGAAAUGCCCCAGCUGUUCAAAGUGAAGGGCAGGCAAUAAAUAAGGAGCCAGCUUCAAAGCCUACCGUUUCCGCUACAGUUGAUGCUACUAAGCAGAUUCCUGCUGGUAUUCAGAGCACUGCUUCAAGAAACCAUUUUGGGGGAGAUGGUCAAAACACAGGCAACUUUAUCACGGACCGGCCAUCUACCAAAGUCCAUGCUGCUCCUGGAGGUGGAUCUUCUUUGGGUUAUCUCUUCGGCGGUGGCAGCAACUAAGCAAUUCUCCAAUAUACAGUUGGAUAAUUGUUUUAUCACUUCUUUACCUUUUGUCUAUCAACACUAUGUUGUAAUUGUAAUUGUGAGUACUUCAGGUUGUUGUGAAGGGUUAGUUGCAUAAGGCUUUGGUCCAAAGUCCCAGUUGACACCCAUGAAACUAAAGUUACUUUCAAUGUAAUAUGCCAACCUUUGUUAAUUGAUCAUUUUGAUUGAACAGCUUUUCUUGCCUAAA